GACUAGUACAGUGUAGUACUUAUAGGUACUUAAAGUUCUGUUAAUUUUCAUUAAAAAUAUAUUUCAUUUUAUUGCAUUAUAUUAGUCAGUAUUAUAUAGAUCUAUAGAUACAUUUGAAGACUUAAAUAUGUACACAUUAUCUUAUUCAUUUUAACCAAAAAUACGAAAAAAUAAAAUAAUAAUAACUGAACUUUUAUAGUUGUUAUAAUAUAGUUGCUUAACAUUUAUUAUAUGGCCGCGAGAUGAUAUCUAUUACAAAAAAUAAAUGGAGUUGGGAUAAUUUGGUAAAAAAUGUUCUGUGUCUCACACACCCAGAUAAAUCUUGGAUACGUGACAUAUCUAUGACAUGGACCCAGCGUUUUUACGCCCAAGUGCUAACGUAUGGAGAGAUACCGAAACAUGUAGCGUUUAUUAUGGACGGCUAUAGAAGUUAUAGCGAGAAAAGUUGUAUUUCUGUGCAAGAAAGCUAUGCAAAAGGGUUUGACAAAUUAGUUGAAACAUUACAAUGGUGCUUACAUUUAGGUAUAAAAGAGGUUACCAUGUACGCAUUCAGCUUACAUAACUUCGAGCAAACACAAGAAGAAAUCGAUGUAUUGUUUGAGGAAUUGAAAACAUUUUUAGAAGAAAGAGAUAGAUUGAAUGAGCUAGGUAUAUGCAUUAAUUUUUUUGGUAACAUAAACAAAUUACCAGAUGAAUAUGUUAAGUUAUUCACAAAAUCAAUGCGUAUUACAAAACAAAACAAUAAGACAUUAUUAAAUAUUGCGUUAUUUUAUACUGGACAUGAUGAAUUGUCGAAUGCAUUCAAUCAAAUAUCUAACGGUAUUAAAAAUAAUGAUUUGGAGGAAUCAGAUUUAUCAGUUGAACUUUUAGAUAGUUGUAUGUACACCUAUCCGUCCCCACCACCUGAUUUAUUAAUACGCAUAUCUGAAGAGACUAGACUGGGUGAUUUCAUGUUAUGGCAGUGUUCUUACAGUUACAUUUAUUUUACAACCGUCUUAUGGCCAGAAUUUACUGCAUGGGAUUUUAUGUUUGCUAUUUUCAUGUACCAAAGAAAUGUUAGAUCAUUUAUACGUUAUAAAUUACCAACUAAAAAAUUGAGUUUAAGGGCUGAACAAUUUGUCGAAAACGUACGACAGAACCGAUUAAAUAGUCUUUAUAUGAUUGCUUGAUAAUAUUAUUAUUGUUUUUUUCUUACUUUAUAAAAAAUUUAUUUUAUUUACAUAAUAAUUAUUAAUUAUAUAUAUAUAUAUAUACGUAUUUGUUAUGUAUUUUUGGUUUUUAUGUUUCAUAUUGCCCUGUAUCGGUAUCGGUCUCAAUUACUUAAGGCCCGUUUCACAUGGACGCGUAUCGUACGCGCGCUGAUGAAACGCGCAUACGACGCGUAUCAAAACGCGACACUCUGUUGUAUUCACAUGUAUGCGUACCAUACGCGAAACGCGGAUCAAACUGACCCCGGGGAAAUUUUGUCAUUUAAAGUUUAACUUCGGUACAGACAACACCUAUAAUAACACUUAAUACAACUUAGUACAAGUUAAUUA